CCAUUGGAAUUAGCUGGGGACCUUUAAAAGACAGGGAGGCCCAGCCCCACCUCCCCUGCCCCCGCAGAGACUCUUAUGUAAUCGGGCUGGGGAGUAACCCAGAUAUUGGGAUUUUUUGAAAGCUCCCAGGUGAUUCCAAUGUACAAAUAAUCUGCAUCUCUGUUCAGCAAGAAGACUGGUCAUGAAAUCCCACAGCUCUUGGAAGGCUCACCUGUCCUUCUCUGGGUGACGAGAUUGCGUGCUAGAUUCUCUGGUUCAGGAGGGACACAUCUGGGGCUCCAUGAGGAGGACGGCUUUCAUCCUGGGCUCCGGCCUUCUCUUGCUUGUGGCCCUCUGGAACUCAGUCACAUGGCAUCUUCAGAGAUUUUGGGGUGCUUCUGGCUACUUCUGGCAAGCCCAGUGGGAGAGGCUGCUGUCUACAUUCGAAGGGAAGGAGUGGCUCCUCUACAUUCUAGGUGCCACCCAGGUGCCCAUUCUGUUCUUCUGGACCUUGAGUGGACUUCUACUGGUGGUUGACACAACUGGAAAGCCUAACUUCAUCUCCCGCUACCGAAUUCAGGUCGGCAAGAAUGACCCUGUGGACCCCAUGAAACUACGCCAGGCUAUCCACACGGUUCUCUUCAACCAGUUGGUGAUCUCUUUCCCCAUGAUGGUCUGGCUCUAUCCCAUCCUCAAGUUGCGGGGAGACCCCUGCCGCCGAGAGCUACCCACCUUCCACUGGUUCCUCCUGGAGCUGGCAGUCUUCACGCUGAUUGAGGAAGUGCUGUUCUACUACGCACACCGCCUCCUUCACCACCCAAAACUCUACAAGAAAAUCCACAAGAAACACCACGAGUGGACAGCUCCCAUUGGUGUGAUCUCUCUCUAUGCACAUCCUAUUGAGCAUGUGGUCUCCAACAUGCUGCCGGCGAUGGUGGGUCCAAUAGUCAUGGGUUCCCACUUGUCCUCCAUCACCAUCUGGUUUUCUUUGGUCCUCAUCAUCACCAUCAUCUCCCACUGUGGCUACCACCUACCCUUCUUGCCUUCACCUGAAUUCCAUGACUACCACCAUUUCAAGUUCAACCAGUGCUAUGGGGUGCUGGGGGUGCUGGACCACCUCCACGGGACUGACACUGUGUUUAAGAAGACCAAGGCCUACGAGAGACACACGAUCCUGCUGGGCUUCACCCCGCUCUCCGAGAGCAUCCCUGAUCCCCCGAAGAAGAUGGACUAAGACACGGCCCGAGUGCCAUCCUAGCCGUGCCCUCUGCAGAGGUCUGCUAAGGUGGCCUGAGGCCUCCUGGUCGUACCUACCAACUUGCUCCUUCAGGCACACACUCUGAUGACAAACCACGAGGGCAGGGG